CGCUAAACUGGCUGUAGCAGAGAGAUGGAAGCUAGAGAUGGGAAAAAAAGUUACAACAAACUUAUUGUAAAAUACAUGAUACAGAAAAAGUUUAAAGCCGCUGGAACAAGAACAAUAUAUUUCUCGUCAUUCAGAUUUUAGGAUUUUGAAAGUUGAAACUCAAUGAUACAAAUAUUAAGCAUAAAAAUGAGUAUUACUAGAAAUAUAUCACAUUCAUGUAAUUACCUUUACCUAAUGUGGCUUUUAUUGUGUUCAUUGGACAUAACUUUUUGUUUAAUGUUGUCACCAAACACGUCUCAUGACAGCGGUGACUUUAAUAAUCAACCAACCAAAUACGAAUUGAGUCACUCAGCUCCUGACGUACCCAGCCUUUCGCCUUGUGCGCAAGUUACGGAAAAUAAAGAACUUACAAUUGACUGUCGGUCGUUACAGUUGACAGGUGUUUUACCUACCUGGUUCCCCCAGAAAACGAUGUCCAUUUUAUUAGAUAGCAACCAGUUGACCUCUGUACCCGCGACCUUUGACCACCUACGUCAUCUUCGCCGUCUCAGCUUGUCAUACAACAGCAUUACAGACCUACAAGCAAAUACUUUUUCAGGGCUAGGGCAGUUAGAAUAUCUAAAUCUUGAUUACAAUCCCUUAAAGAUAUACCACAUUUCUAACGACACAUUCGCUUCUCUUGAAAAUCUGACUGAGUUGUCUAUGCAACAAGAUGUAGAACUGCCAAUUACACCCUACCCCAUUGAAGCGUUCUCAAGCAUUUUAAACUUGAAAUCAUUGACAGUAAGCGUUGAUUGUGAAACCUUGCAGUUUGGUAAGGACUUUAGAAAUAUAACGACAUUUUCUGAAUUAAAUCUGAGAGGAAAUAUAAGAGCCUUAACAAGGGAUAGUUUUAUAAAUUUAGGAAAUCUCAAACAACUUGAUCUGAGCAUAAUUCGAACGAUAAAAGAAAUCGAUACUGGUGUUUUCCAAUCGCUGAAAAAUUUAAACCAGCUUUAUAUCAGCAAUCUUCGAGUUCAGCUUAAAGUAGUUCUUGCAAGUUUAAGUGGACUAGUAGGCCAAACAAUGGAUACCAUCGCCUUAGGUUAUAUUCGAUUUUUCGUCAAAGAUAGAUAUUCGAAUAUUCUACAAGGUGACGGUAUCUUAAGCCGAAAACACACAAAAUACUUGACACAGAUAUGUGUUGCUCAUGUCGCUUUAACUUAUUGUAAACUUUACAUCAUUCUAGACAAGGCUGUAACUAGUAAAACGUGGGAUCGUUGCCUGAAGAGCUUGGACCUUACCGAUAACCCUAUAAUGGGAACGAAAAUUGUCGUUUUACACUUGCUUAAGAUGAGUAACUUGGAGACAUUGAUCAUUCAUGACAGCUCAAAACCACAGGCUGCUAAAAAUUCUCUGUUGAAAACUGAUUAUGGCAAUAUGUGCAGAACGUCUAAUCCUACACAAAACAACAACUAUAACUAUAAUCUAAACGAUAGUAGCUACAUGUUCACGUCUAAUAUAAGCAACGGAUAUAAGAUAUACAUUUCCAAGUCUCUACGAUGUUUAAACUUUGGAAAUUUAAUCACGGAAUUUUCGAUUGAAUCGAAUGGAACGUUCGUAUACGCGGAUAAUCUCGUUUAUCUAGAUGUAUCGGAUGGUGGGGGGUCAAUGUUUACCCAUCAUCUACACGGACUGACAAAUAUUAAAGCUUUUAUUCUAUCAGGCAGUGAACUUACAGUUAUCAACAGAACAUUCUUCGACACGAUGCCAAGUUUAGAGACACUGGACUUGUCAAGUUGUAAGCUCAGUGGUCAGUUCAUGGCAGAGUCUGGGGGAAGAUUGUUCCAGAAUCUUCAAUAUUUAAAGCAGCUUGAUCUGUCUUUUAAUCAACUGGCGUUUCUAAGCCCUGAAAUUUUCUACAACAAUGUCAAUCUCAAAGAGCUUUUUCUUGCAGGAAACAGGUUCAGGAAAAUUCCAUUUAGUUUAAAGAACACACCUAGACUAAGUGUCUUGGAUAUGAGAUUUAAUGAAUUGACGAGACUUCCUGUCGAAAUAAGAAAUAAUUUGGACCAAAUUUUUAAAGAAAACAAAGAGUUCAGCUUUUAUUUAGAAGGAAAUGUUUUAUCUUGUGGAUGCCAUGACAUUCAAUUCUUACAGUGGAUACAGUUGACAGCUGUAAAUAUGGAUAUGUUCAGGAAUUAUUCGUGUGUUGAUAACGACGGAGUUUUAACAUACACGGCAGCUUUUUCAGAUCUACAAAUUUAUUGGCGUCAGUGCUGGGGAACUGUGUUCCUGUAUCUUUCAAUGAUCCUGUUUUGUUUACUAAUCAUUGGAUUUGUGUUGUGUUUUUUCGUUACCAAGUAUAAAACGUACAUCAUAUCUGGACUGCUGAAUUUGUUUAGUGAAACCUUUCUAAAGAAACCUUCCAACUACGAGAUUGGUGUCUUCAUUGGUUAUGCUGAUAGAGAUUACCAGUUCGCUUGUCAUGACCUCAGACAGUUUAUCGAGGACACACUGGGGUUAACGACCUUUAUUCGUGACCGUGACCUCUCAAUUUCAACUGACCUGGCCUCUGCCACUGUGCUGGCUAUAGACAGAAGUUGGCGCGUUCUUCUGGUUGUCAACGAAACGUUUUUAUCACGUGACCGUUGGUUCUUGUUCAUGUGUAGAGCAGCCACAUCUGCUUUGACGUCUGCUAACCCUAAAAGGAUUGUCGUUCUCGUUGAGGACCAGUUACGUCACCGUCUGCCAGCCGAACUGUCGAGAGUUGUUUUGGAGGAUAACAUUGUUGUUACCAGAGGAAAUUUCUUAGACUAUGAGCUGAAGGAAAAACUAAGAACACGAUUGCUAGAAUAAAUAGAAGUUGUUAACAAUAACUGAAAGUAAAAUGUACAAACAGUUUCUCUAAUACACUUUGACAUCGCUAAGUUUAAUUUAACCUUUGUUCAAUCUUCUAACUAAAAUGUGAAUGUUCAAAUUAUUUGGGUAAACUCAAUUGCUAUUUAAAAACAAUUAUUUUACUUCUUGAUUUUUUAAAUAGUUGUUUUAAUAUAUAUUGGAUAUUAUUAAUUAACAUAUUUUUACUAACAAGCUGUUGAUUUUUGUUUGCUUUGUUGGUCUUAAGUAAUUAAAUAUCACUUUUCAAAUUACAAAACA